AUAGAACAGUGGAUGAUUGUCGUUCCGGCGAUUGACACGUGCAUGUGAAAAUCAUGUUCACUGAAGAAAAAAACAAUUGUUAUUUAGUUCUCAAGGAUGGCAGUGUCUUUCCUGGACGGAGUUUUGGGGCGAUCGCUCCAGUUGAUGGAGAAGUUGUUUUUCAAACGGGUAUGGUUGGAUACUCUGAGUCCCUGACGGAUCCAUCAUAUCACAGACAAAUACUGGUUCUGACGUAUCCACUGAUUGGAAACUACGGAGUACCUGGUGACGAAAAGGACGAGCAUGGACUACCUUAUUGGUUUGAAUCCUCCAAGAUAUGGGCGGCUGGCCUCAUCGUCGGGGAAAUUUGCGACACCCCGAGCCACUGGAGACAGACAAGGUCCCUCCCAGACUGGAUGAAGGAGCAAAACAUUCCAGGAAUCCAUGGGAUUGACACUCGAGCCCUCACGAAGAUCAUCAGGGAAAAGGGGAGUAUUCUGGGGAGGAUCAUAUAUGAGCCACCUUCACAGGAUAUAAUUAGGCGGAAAAUAGACGACCCCAACUGCAACAAUUUGGUUGCCGCGGUGUCAUCGAGCACAAGAACGUACAACCCUGAAGGUACUCCCAAGAUAUGCGUGGUGGAUUACGGUCUGAAAUACAACCAAAUCCGCUGUCUCCUAAACCGCGGGGCCUCGGUAACUGUGGUCCCCUGGAAGAAUGACCUUUCUGACGUCACUUUUGACGGCCUGUUCCUGAGCAAUGGUCCCGGUGAUCCCCGUACAUGUCAGCCAUCUAUCAAACAUCUCCGAUCGUUUCUCUCUAAGAACCCUACCACUCCCAUCUUCGGCAUCUGCAUGGGCCACCAAAUGCUCUCCUUGGCAGCCGGUUGCAAAAUCUACAAGAUGCCCUACGGUAACCGUGGACAUAAUCAGCCCGUCAUCCACAACGGCACCAACCGGUGCUACAUGACCUCCCAGAAUCACGGUUUCGCAGUUGCUACCGAUAGACUACCAAAAGGCUGGGAGGUCCUCUUCACAAACGCCAAUGACGGCUCCAACGAGGGCAUCCUCCACGAGACACUCCCUUAUUUCUCAGUACAGUUUCAUCCGGAACACACGGCAGGUCCUGAAGACCUCGAAUGCCUCUUCGACGUUUUCAUAGAAACGACGAAGGAAUCAAUGGAAAAGGGUGCAGUUGCUCCAGGCUAUCUGAAAGAAGCCCUGACAAAAAAACUGAAAUACAUUCCGCCCGAGACAGAUGGCAUAACGAGGCCCAGGAAGGUCCUCAUACUGGGCUCGGGGGGCCUGUCCAUCGGUCAGGCGGGAGAGUUCGAUUACUCGGGAUCACAAGCCGUGAAAGCUUUGAAAGAAGAAAACAUUCAAACUGUUUUGAUCAACCCCAACAUCGCCACCGUACAAACAUCAAAAGGAAUGUCUGACAAGAUCUAUUUCCUGCCGAUAAUUCCUCAGUACGUCGAGCAGGUGAUACGCUCAGAACGUCCUGACGGGGUUCUUCUGACAUUCGGUGGUCAAACAGCAUUGAAUUGCGGCGUUGAACUGGAGAAAGCGGGUGUCUUUGAAAAAUAUGGAAUUAAAAUUCUCGGAACUCCCAUCAAAUCGAUUAUCGAUACUGAGGACAGAAAAAUCUUUUCCGACCAAAUCAGUAUGAUUCAGGAGAAAGUAGCACCAAGUGUGGCUGUCUACUCUAUCGAAGAAGCCCUCGAAGCGGCUGAAAAACUCGGUUACCCCGUGAUGGCUAGGGCUGCCUUCUCCUUAGGAGGACUCGGCUCAGGAUUUGCAAAUACAAAGGAAGAGCUGAAGACUCUUGCAACACAGGCGCUGGCUCACUCCAGCCAGCUGAUAAUCGACAAAUCCCUAAAAGGGUGGAAGGAAGUCGAGUACGAAGUCGUGAGAGAUGCUUUUGACAACUGUAUAACAGUCUGUAACAUGGAGAACGUUGAUCCUUUGGGGAUCCACACUGGGGAGUCAAUCGUCGUAGCUCCUAGCCAGACCCUGUCUAACCGAGAGUAUAAUAUGCUGAGAACGGUGGCUGUUAAAGUAAUCAGGCACUUCGGGAUCGUAGGCGAAUGCAACAUUCAGUACGCCCUCAAUCCACUCUCUGAAGAAUACUAUAUCAUCGAAGUGAAUGCAAGGUUGUCUAGGAGUUCCGCUCUUGCCAGCAAAGCCACUGGCUAUCCUCUGGCUUAUGUCGCUGCGAAGUUGGCUUUGGGGAUUCCACUUCCUGAAAUACAUAACUCGGUCACAGGAAAAACGACAGCUUGCUUCGAGCCAAGUCUUGAUUACUGCGUGGUGAAGAUCCCGAGAUGGGAUCUCAGUAAGUUUCAGCGAGUCAGCACUAAGAUCGGAUCAUCGAUGAAGAGCGUGGGAGAGGUGAUGGCCAUUGGAAGGACGUUUGAGGAGGCUUUCCAGAAAGCCCUGAGGAUGGUCGAUGAACACGUCAAUGGCUUCCAACCGCAUAUGAGGACUCUGGACGAUGAGGAACUCGAGAAGCCCACGGAUAAACGUAUGUUCGUAAUCGCAACUUCCUUGAAGAUGGGCUACUCCAUCGAUCGUCUUUACGAACUCACGAAGAUCGACCGCUGGUUCCUUCAUAAAAUGCAAAACAUAAUCAAGUAUCAUCAGUUACUCCGGUCAAUCGGUCCCGAGAAACUUUCCCACUCGAUUCUUCUAGGAGCUAAAAAGCUCGGCUUCUCCGACAAGCAGAUUGCCGUCAUUACCGGGAGCGCUGAGCUGGCUGUUCGAAAGCAGCGAAAGGAGUUCAACAUUCGGCCAUUCGUCAAGCAGAUCGACACGGUGGCCGCCGAGUGGCCGGCCACCACAAACUACCUCUAUCUGACGUACAACGGAUCAACUCAUGACAUUGACUUCCCAGGAGGUUACACCAUGGUUAUAGGAUCAGGGGUCUACAGGAUCGGAAGUUCAGUGGAAUUCGACUGGUGUGCAGUCAGUUGUCUUCGGGAGCUUCGAAAUCUUGGGAGGAAAACAAUCAUGAUUAAUUACAACCCUGAGACUGUCAGCACCGAUUACGAUAUGUCUGACAGACUGUACUUCGAGGAGAUAUCGUUCGAAGUUGUUAUGGAUAUCUACGAUUACGAGGAUCCCGAGGGAGUGAUCCUCUCUAUGGGUGGCCAGUUACCGAAUAAUAUCGCUAUGGAUUUACACAGGCAGCAAGCAAGAAUCCUGGGCACGUCUCCGGUGUCAGUGGAUGGUGCUGAGAAUCGUUUCAAGUUCUCGAGGAUGCUUGAUAGAAUCGGAAUAUCCCAGCCUCGAUGGAAGGAACUGACCAACCUCACCUCCGCCAUUGAAUUCUGCGAGGAGGUGGGCUAUCCCUGUCUCGUCCGGCCGUCCUACGUUCUCAGUGGAGCCGCUAUGAAUGUCGCUCACUCUCAUCAGGAUCUCGAGUCGUACCUGAAAAAUGCCAGUGCUGUUUCCAAGGAACACCCCGUCGUCAUCUCCAAGUUUAUACUCGACGCGAAGGAAAUUGAUGUCGACGCUGUGGCGUAUGAUGGUGUUAUCCUCUGCAUGGCGGUUUCGGAACACGUGGAGAACGCCGGGGUCCACUCAGGGGACGCCACUCUGGUGACACCUCCUCAGGAUAUUAAUCCGGAAACCCUAGCGAAAAUCAAGGUCAUUUCCAAGGCUAUCGCUGCUUCAUUGGAGGUCACGGGACCGUUCAAUAUGCAGCUCAUCGCUAAGGACAAUGAGUUGAAGGUCAUUGAGUGCAAUGUCAGGGUAUCGAGGUCGUUCCCAUUCGUUUCAAAGACAUUGGAUCAUGAUUUUGUGGCGAUGGCCACGAAGAUUAUGGUGGGUGAGACUGUGGAUCCCGUAGAUAUUCUCGCGGGAUGCGGGAAAGUCGGGGUGAAGGUCCCCCAGUUCUCAUUCUCCAGGCUCGCGGGGGCCGAUGUCACUCUCGGCGUCGAAAUGGCGUCUACAGGCGAGGUCGCUUGUUUCGGCGAUGAUCGGUAUGAGGCCUAUCUCAAGAGCAUGAUGAGCACUGGGUUCUAUAUACCGCAGAAGGGGAUUCUGCUGUCAAUUGGGAGUUUCAAGCACAAAGUGGAGUUGUUAUCGUCUAUUAGAAGUUUGAAGAAGAUGGGGUACAAGCUCUACGCUAGCAUGGGAACUGCAGAUUUUUAUACUGAGCAUGGAGUUGAGGUAGAGCCAGUACAAUGGACCUUCGAGGACAUGGACUUGAAGAAACAAUCUCGAACAGGGUCACACGAACUUCAUCGCUUGGCUGACUUUCUCUCAAAGAAACACUUCGAUCUCGUGAUAAAUCUACCAAUGUGUAAUGGAGGAGCCCGAAGGGUCUCCAGCUUUAUGACCCAUGGCUACCGUACUCGAAGACUUGCUGUCGAUUACUCGAUACCGCUGGUGACCGAUGUCAAGUGUGCAAAAAUGCUGGUGGACGCGAUCAACAAACUGGGAGGACGAGCACCACGAAUGAAAACCCACACCGACUGCAUGUCCUCCCGAAGGAUCCUCAGGCUCCCUGGCUUCAUCGAUGUGCACGUCCACACUCGUGAUCCAGGUGCCACUCACAAGGAGGAUUUUGCUUCCUGCACAGCAGCUGCACUAGCUGGCGGUGUCACCAUGAUAUUUGCAAUGCCAAACACCAAUCCUGCGAUUGUCGAUCACCAGUCCUUUUCCAUCGCCAAAGAGUGUGCCAGUGCGGGUGCUCGUUGUGACUACGCUCUCUUCGUCGGUGCAUCUUCGAGUAAUUACACAACAAUCCCCAAGAUUGCACCGGUCGCGGCAGCUCUAAAAAUGUACCUGAACGACACCUUCACGACAUUAAAAAUGAAGAAUGUCAGCGAUUGGGUGAAGCAUUUCGAAAAUUGGCCAAAGAAAUAUCCCCUCUGCGUUCACGCUGAAGGUCACAUCACGGCCACUGUAUUAAUUCUAGCAAGUCGAUACGACCGACCUGUUCACAUUUGUCACGUUGCACGAAAAGAGGAGAUCGAGAUAAUUCGCGCAGCCAAAGAAAGUGGCCUCAAUGUAACAUGCGAAGUGAGCCCCCACCAUCUGUUUCUAACCCAGAAUGAUCUGGAGAAGAUUGGAGCUGCCAGGGGUGAGGUGAGACCUGUUCUAGGUACUCCAGAGGAUCAACAAGCACUCUGGGACAAUAUCGGUAUCAUCGAUUGCUUCGCUACUGAUCAUGCACCCCAUGCAGUCGAAGAGAAAGACGGGGAGAAAGCACCUCCUGGUUACCCUGGUUUGGAGACAAUUCUUCCACUCCUCUUAAAUGCUGUCCACGAAGGCAGACUUACAAUCGAGGACAUAGUGGAAAAGUUCCACACAAAUCCCAAGCGAAUUUUCAACAUUCCAUCCCAGCCUAACACCUACGUCGAAGUGGACCUCGACGAGGAGUGGACAAUUCCAAAAGCUCUGCCCUUCACAAAGUCCAAAUGGACGCCCUUCGCGGGGAUGAAAAUUCGUGGCUCAGUCCAUCGCGUUGUCCUCCGUGGGGAAGUGGCCUAUGUCGAGGGCCAGGUGCUGGUACCCCCCGGCUUCGGUCAGGAUAUUCGUGAGAUCCAACGAAACCAGAAAGUUCAGCCAAUCCUCCACGUAGCAGGUGACACCACCAGUCGUCCUAGUUCUGCUCUGGACAAUAAACUCAUAUCUCCCAACUACGAGAAAGGAAUUCUCCUGCCCGCACAUGGUAUAUCAGUCUCACAAUCUGACGAGCCUAGCGAUGGCUACACUCACCUUCUUCAGCCGGUCCCAUUCAAGGGUGGCGUCCACUUCGGGUCAGACGUUGAGGCUCGAGAUUCCUCGAAAAUCCCCCAGAGACCGUUGUCCCCUCUCCUGGGAAGGAUCAAGACCGAUCCCAACUGCCUUCUGCAGACCUCAACAGCCGUAAGACAUCCAUCACCUCAUCACGGUCUUGCUGGCCAUCACAUUCUCACCGCUGACAUGUUCAGCAAGGAACAGCUCAACGAUAUCUUCAAUCUUGCCCAGACACUUCGAAUAGAUGUUCUGAAGGAUCGGCCCGUUGAUAAUAUUCUACGGGGAAAGGUUAUGGCGUCCAUCUUCUACGAGGUUAGUACCAGAACGUCCUGUAGUUUUGACGCAGCUAUGCAGCGAUUAGGCGGAAAAGUCAUCCACAUGGAUGAGACCACUUCCUCAGUGAAAAAGGGGGAAACAUUGGAGGAUUCCAUAACCAUAAUGGCGAGUUAUGCGGAUACUCUAGUCCUUCGACACCCAGAACCUGGUGCUGUCGCCAGGGCUGCCCAGCAUUGUCGAAAACCCAUUAUCAAUGCUGGGGAUGGAGUCGGGGAGCAUCCAACACAAGCUUUGUUGGAUGUCUUCACGAUUCGUGAGGAGAUUGGAACUGUUAAUGGCCUGACCAUCACAAUGGUUGGUGACCUUAAACAUGGCAGAACCGUUCAUUCCCUGGCUAGGCUCCUCACCCUCUACAACGUUAACCUCCGAUACGUCAGUCCACCCAGUCUUGGCAUGCCUGAUCAUGUGGUCAAAUAUGUGGCUGAGAGGGGGGUACCACAAGAGAAAUUCUCGAGCCUUGCGCACGUCCUGCCCGACACUGAUGUCCUGUAUGUAACGAGAAUUCAGAGAGAGAGAUUCCAGAGUCAGGAAGAGUAUGACAAUGCCUGCGGUCAUUUUGUUAUUACACCUCAGCUGAUGACAAGAGCUAAGAGGCGGAUGGUGGUGAUGCAUCCUCUACCCAGGAACUUUGAGAUUAGUCCAGAGUUCGAUGUGGAUCCUAGGGCUGCGUAUUUCAGGCAGGCAGAGUGCGGGGUCUACGUCAGGAUGGCUCUGCUUGCCAUUGUCUUGGGAAGAUGUUGAUUGGGGGCGCCAUUGUAAGUUUAAGGGUCUUGUGAGUAAGGGUCAAUAGGGGGAAAGAACUUUUGAUUGAUUUUGUUUGCUGAUUGAAAUUCUUUCGAUCGAAAUAACUGACAAUGAUUUUUUUUAUGGUACAUACAUCAAAAUAUUUUUAUACAGAAACUCAUCUCUGGUGAAAGUGUGAUUACAUAUAUUAUGUACAAUAAAUAAAGUAUCGAAAUUUCCAUUUUGA